AUUUACGUUUGAAGCGAAUGUUUCGGAGUUUUAAAUAAGUUUUAAAUUGUCCGUGAAUAUGUUUGACACAGUAAUAUAAUACUAAAUCCUACCUUUCAAGUUAAAUACAACAUUUUGUGCUUUUUUUCUUUUUCUGGGACGAUUUUUUCAAUAUUUUGUCGAUUUUGAAACCAAAUUUGCCGAAUCAUUCUUUUUGAAAAGCAUUGUUUACUACCCAGGUGGUAAAUAAUGCCUCAGAUUUACUAGUCAACUAGCCAAUCAGAACGCGCGAAAGCUCAUUUGAUAUGCAAAAUUUAUACUAAAAAAGAUUAUUAAACUGUUUGUUAAAAUUGCUUUGCAUCCACGUUUUGGCUUAUAAGUUGUCACUAUUUUUUACUUGCAUUAUUUCAAUAUAGGCUAGUUUGUAAAUCUCAGAAGCGAAGCUGAAGGGUAGAACUUGCUAAUAGGCAAUAGUAUACUCCAAUAAUUUACAUUUCAAAAAAGAGUUACAUCUCAAAUGUUUAAGGCACUAAUAAAAUCAAAGUAUCAUGAAAUUAUUUGAAUAAACCACACCACAUAUAUAUCAUGCAAUUUUUUUUGCGGAAGUCAAGAAUCAAGAUUACAUCACUGACACUGAUAUGGAAAGUUGACGAUUCAAUGGACAAUAGUCAAUACGCUUCGCAACACAUUCCAUAGAUUUUUUAUUAAUCUCAUAGUUUAUUGUCAGCAAGUGAUUAAUUACGUACUGUGGCGGCUAUUAAUGUUAACACUGCUAUUGAUAAAAUUUGCAAGCGAUUGUUUUUAUAAUAUGUUAUUGAUAUUAUUAUAAUAAAAGUGGCGUAAACAUGCAAUGAUUGAAUGGCUAUAAGUAUAAAAGUGCAAAAGAUAUAAACAGAAAUCACUUGGCAUAGCCUUUUAAAGACAUAUCGGAAAAAUUGAUCGGCUACUAUCACAAAUUAAGCUGCAAGUAUACUAGUAAGAAUGGCAGAUAUUUUGACUUAUCUUGAUCGACAAGAAUAUCCAGAGAAUUACACAAAGCAGCAGAAGCGAGAUCUCAGAAAAAAAGCCGCAGAUUUUUAAUUUGUUUAGAUGAUGGUAUAUUGUAUUAUCGCGGAAGCAGAAACAAUCUCAGAAAAGCACGACGCCAAGUUAUUUUCGACAAGAAAACACAGCAACGAAUUAUUCGGUAAGAUAAUAAAUGGUUCAUUGUUUUCUUUUACAUGUUAUUUUGUUAUCAACAUUUAACAAAUAGACAACGAAGCCGAGUAAUUGACUAUUCGCUCAGAGUCAGAGACAACGAGGCUAUACCCAUGCUGUGUUGCGAACUCCAAAGAAUGAUUUGAAAAAUAAUACUUGAGUUUUAAAAGAGUUGAAAAACAUGUCGAAAAACAAUAUAAAGGUCAUUAAUAUACCAGCCAAGUUCGACUAAUUAAAAGAAGGAAACAAGGCUUAAUAUACAAGUAAAAACUCCAUAAUCUCAAACACAAAAUGGCUUCCCGAAUUUUUACUAAAUAAAGUUACGUUAAAAAUGUAACCCACAACCAAAAUUAGGCCAUUUUGAUCAGGGGGCGGGCUUUAUCAUAGGAGUUAUCGUUCCAGUUUACUUAUAGUUCAAUGGUUUACACUAAUUCAUACUCCAUAGCCAAUGUCAUGAAGGUUCUGGUAAUGCACAUUUUGGACGAGACAAAACAGUGCAGAAAAUUGAGGAGCGAUUUUACUGGAACGGAAUGGUGAAAGAUAUUAGGGAUUUCCUUAUCUCCUGUCAUCAGUGCCAAAAAACCAACCCAAAAUUAAGAAAGACUGUGCCUUCUCUUCUUCCAAUCCCUGUUCCUUCAGGAGCAUGGAAACAAGUAUGUAGUAUCCAUUUCUCUUUCUGGUGUACCUGAUAAAUUAACCCAAAAAAAAAUCACUCUUGACUCCUGGACAUAUUACAUUCCAUAUUACAUAUAUAUGAGAUUUGUACUGUGAUACUAUACUUAGUCUUAGUGGUUAUUCCGGGAACUCGAGUCGAAUGUGAGCUGCAUGAUAGUGAUAGUCUAUGGUAUAGGUAAUAGCACAAGGCCACCUAUCGUUCAUGGUAACUUAAAGAUUUACCUUUAAUUUUUUACACGUUUUUACUCGAUAUUUGUUCAGGUUGGUAUUAAUCUGAUCGGCCCUCUGCCAGAGACAAAGAAUGGUAAUACAUAUAUCGUUACCAUGUGCGAUUACUUCACCAAAUGGCCCGAAGCUAGAGGAAUACCAAACAAAACAGCUCGUUGCGUUGCUGAUUUUAUAUAUUGGACGAUGACAAGAAAUGGGUGCGCAGAAAUCCAGAUAUCUGACCAAGGCCGUGAAUUUGUUAACCAAGUUAGUAAAGAGCUGCAUCAAAUAACAGGUACUGUAUGCGGUAGCUAGUAGCCUAGUACAGUAUAUUUUCUUUGUAUGUAUACUAUUAGUAUUCUUCUAUUGGAAUUAGCACUCGUGGACCAGGAGGUAUAGGACACCAUUUUCAGUUUCAUGGGUUGUUAUUUCGACGUCUAUAUAUCUGGCUAAUAUUACAGGGACAGAGCAUCGAAUAACAUCUGCGUACCAUCCUCAAAGUAAUGGCCUGGAUGAACGUUUUAAUCAGACCAUCCAACGAGCACUACGCAAGGCGGUCAACGAAAAACAAGACAACUGGGACGAGGCCAUUGACGAUAUCUUGUUCUCCUAUCGCGCCUCGGUCCAAGCAACAACGAAGCAUACACCAUUCUACUUGAUGUUUGGACGCGAAGCACGUCUUCCAAUACAGAUGGAAAUUGUACCAGAAGGCAAGGAACGAUCGUUGGAAGAAAGAUUAGAAGAACUUGCAGACCUUCGCAAGUCAUACGGUAAAGUGGUAGAUAACGUUAAAGAAAGCGAAGACAAACAGAAAAAGCUAUACGACGCAAAGCAUGGCGCAUCUAAACAGGUAAAACACUAGAGUAAACUGGGUAAUUUGUCCCUGCAUGCAUAUACCGUAGAAUAAGCAAUUUUUUAUUAUAAUUUACAAUGUUCAUAAUUUUUUUUACAUUUGUAGGAAUUUAAAGAAGGAUCACUUGUGCUGCUGAGAAACAGUAGAAAAGAUUCGCGUAAAGGAGGGAAAUUGGAAGCCAAGUGGCUAGGACCCUAUGACGUUGUCGAUUGUUUAGGAAAAAAUGUUUUCAAAAUUAAGGUUUGUCCAUGCAUGCAUGUAAUUUCCAUGCAUGGAUUAGAAUUGAUGUUGAAAUUAUAGAAUGUUUUUUCCUUAUUAGAACUGUUCAACAGGCAUCGAGAACAAGAAGAAAGUUAACGCAGCAGUGCUCAAGCCAUAUGUACCAAGCAUCAAGCAGACCCAACCCCAGAAAGAUUUUGCCAGACCAGAGUUUAAAGCGGGUGAAGUGCAGACAAAGCAGAAUCAACCUCUGAAAGUUCUUUCUAGACAACCAUUUGAAGGUAGCUAAUGAGUAAAUAAUGUAUAAUUGUAAGCAAUACUAUGGAAUUAGGAGUAUUAGCUAUAUAAUAUCAUUAUAUUAUUGAAGGUUGGCUUGCUUUAGUCAUGGUGGGACACUAUUGUACGAGAAAAUUUUUGCUGCAAUUUUGCGAUAACAUUUAGGAAAAUAAAAUAUGUUAUUGUUAAAGUCAAAUUUAAGUGUUUCAUUUUCAGUUCAGCCUUUCGUUACAUGAGUCCGAUACACUUAAUGUGCUAUGUAUCUUGAAGUUGAACUUACUAGUAUUUUUUCUUCUUCAUAAAAUUAAAGAAACGUCUGGCGAAUAUUGGAUCAAAGAACUCAGUUUAAAGAACGAAGAGAAGACGAUACUAAAAUCUCCAAGAAUGCUGAAUGAUCGUCAUCUGAACGCUGUGUGAAAACUAUUAAAGAAAAAGUUUCCACACAUUAGUAGCUUACAGGACACCAUCUUAUCCCAAACCUCGUUCGUGACCACACAGGAUGAAGGAAUACAGAUCCAUAACACUGGAGCAUACCAAUUGGAUUACAUCGUCAUCGACAGGUAUAUAUAUAUAUAUAUAUAUAUAUAUAUAUAUAUAUAUAUAUAUAUAUAUAUAUAUAUAUAUAUAUAUAUAUAUAUAUAUAUAUAUAUAUAUAUAUAUAUAUAUAUAUAUAUAUAUAUAUAUAUAUAUAUAUAUAUAUAUUUAUAAUAUAGCAUUUGUAAGUUCUGAACGCUGAUUGGCUAAGAACAGUGUUGAUAUAACUCAAUAACUCAAUGUCAACACGGAAAAUGUCUUUCUUUAAUUAUAUUUAUUUCUUUGUGCUAUAUUAUAAAAAAAUAUAAAACAUUUUCCGUAUUGAUAUACAGUUAUACCAACACUCGUGGAAAUUGGGAAAACACAAUUUCGAGUUUUCCCAAUUCCCACUCGAGUUGAUAUAACUGUAUAUCAACACGGAAAAUGUUUUAUAUUUGUUAAAUAUUAAUCUAAUAUAGUUCUAACCAUGCAUGUUCAAUGACUCUAUACGUGUAUAUUGAUAUAUACACAGUCAAACCUGCAGACAGGGCCGCUUAAUACAAGUUUACCUUAAAAGGUCACUAUAUGUUUUAUCUGUUAAGAAUCAUUUGAAAUUUGAAAAAAUCCAAAUUUGUUAUAACCUGAAAUCUGCUGUGUUGGUGUAAUGUACUCAGGUGAAUAAGUUCCGAAAUAUCGCGACUAGACUCAGUUCCGAAAUAUCGCUUACUCGAACCGUCCUGACCGCGUAGCUCAGUUGGAAGAGCAUUGGGCUAGUAUUCCAAAGGUCGUAGGUUCGAAUCCCGCCGUGGCCAGGCAUAUUUUUCAAGCCUGCCCCGGUGUGGAUAUACACUCAGAGUAACAUCACACAAACAUGUUAUAACCUGAUAACUCUUCAUGGACGAAAUAAACUGUAUAUAGUGGCUUUUCGAUUGGAUAAAUUUAACCUAAAUUUGUAUGUUGUUGACAUUGACAGGCGGUUAUGUUAAAGUCUGCGAUAGCCUAUACGAUGACCUGGCAGGGUCAACCAAAGUUCAACUAGCACAAUGUUACCAAACUUUAAUUGACGAGUUCGGACGUUUGGAAGUGGAUAUCCCACCUGUUCAGACCCAGACAGGAUCAGUCGACUGUGGUUUGUUUGCUAUCGCCUUCGCGUUUGAAUUAGCGGUUGGAAACCUCCCAAUACACGAGGUACGCUUUGACCAAAAGAAAAUGAGGAGCCAUCUUCUCUCCUGUUUCGAGAAGCGAGAACUGACCCACUUCCCCCCAACACGUCGACAGCCAGCAACACAGCCAAGACAACACAACAAUGUCACAAUCGAAACCUUACGUGAAUGUAAACUGCCAGAAGAAUACGACAACAUGAUUUUAUGCGAUCUCUGUGGGAAAUGGUUCCACUUUGGAUGUGUAAAAUAUGACACUAGUAUAAGUACUUCAAAUGAGUGGUUAUGCCGACUGUGCACACCACCAGCUGCUAAGAAGCCUAACCUGUGUAUUUAUAUGGGGGCGAAUAUCCUAAAGGGGGGCGAUAUUCCUAGGAGAUUCGCCCCGGGGGCGAAUAUCCUAGGAAUAUCGCCCCCCUUUUGAGAAGCACGGAUAAAUUGGUACCCGUACCACUUUUUUGGUUCUUGGACUACCUAUAUUUUGAACCCUGUUUACACUACGCUCGAUUUUUGGUACCGUACCAUUUUUUUGGUUAAAAAUAGGUAGUCCAACUAGGAAAAUAGUGGGUACCAAUUUUAAAAAGCGAAUCGAAUUUUUCUUUUGUCUUUAUCCAAUUAGUUGCAGAUGGUUCCAGUUGAGAGACCAAAGACAAAUGAAAAAUUCGCUUCGCGCGAAAAAAUUCGCAAGUGGAAAACCGGCUUUACCAUCUUAGCGCAAACAUUGCUUGACAAUAAUGAAAUAUACUGACAUGAAGCACUGAUUGGUUUGGCAAAACAAAUCCCUGCGAGAAAGAUGUAGCAGUUUUUUCUAUUCAAAAGACUCCAUCUCUUCCAAUAAGGGUGGGUUAGAUGGGUUAAUCUAAUUUUUUUUUCAUGUUUUUGCGUUUAUUCUACAGUAUCUGUUGCGAAAUCUCGCACAUCAAUAAUUUUUGUUUUUGUAAAGUGGAAACACCACAUGAAUUCUUUUUGGGCGCCGUUAGGCCAGGCAUAUGGUAAAACGCGGACUGGACUGGACUGGUAAAACGCGGACUGGACUCAGAUUAGUAAAACGCGGACUGGACUCUAUUAGUAAAUCGCCGACUGGACUCUAUUAGUAAAACGCGGACUGGACUCUAUUAGUUAAACGCGGACUGGAGUCUAUUAGUAAAACGCGGACUGGACUCUAUUAGUAAAACGGGGACUAGACUCUAUUAGUAAAACGCGGACUAGGACCACAAUUUCGCGCCAAAAUUUGACCAAAAUGGAACAAAAUGGCAGCGAGCUUUAAAAUUCCAACAUGUCUGAAAAGAAAGGCAAAAAAGGAUCCAGAGUUGCCCGAUGUUUGAGUGGAAACUUUUCGAUAAAGAAAAUAAGUUGGGUUGCGGUACGUUUGGGUCUGUAUACCUAGCAAAAUACACAGGAAAGACCAGAAAAAGUGGUUGCCAAAAACAAUAAUGUCGAGUCCAUUGACUCGAAAUCCUGUUUCGAGAAAGAAGCCGCACUGUUGAACAGUACAAAAGGCCACAGGAACAUAAUCCGUUUCCUUGAAUUUUCAAUGAUGAUGGAGUAUUCUUGCUUCGAUUUUCGCCCUUUUGGAGUUGCAAAAAGUCUUUGGGCUCUAGAAGAUUUUGUCCAUUUUGUAGACGAGUUUGACAUUGACUCCUUCGCAGACGUGCUGCCAACAUGUGCCAAAGAUGUUGUCGAAGGUUUGAAAUAUUUGCACAACGAGAAUAUCGAUCACCGGAAUCUAUUGAAACCGGCAGGAAACAUAUGGCUGAGUUUGGCUUAA